AUGCUGAUGUGGUUUAGAGUCGUAGUUAAGCCGGUAGUCGACGACACUGUUUUUGGGGUUUACGUGGAGGAGGAAAGAUGGUCGGAGAGAGCGGUCGUGGCGGUGACUUUUGGUCUAAUGUGGUGGUGGAGGCUAAGAGACGAUGUAGAAAGUUUGGUGGUGGUUGCAGAGGCUAAACAUAAACUUCUGAUUCGUUUAGAGGUGUUUGACUUUUUGAACUGGUGGAUGUAUUACAUUUGUGUUGUGAUUGGUAUAGUGAAGAUCUUUAAAGGGUUUUCAUAUUUUGUAAAUAUGCUAGUUUUGACCAUUAAGAGGUCGAGAAAAGGAUUUGAAUCUUGUGUUGUUGUUGUUGAUGAUCAUGUGUAA